AUGACGCAGGAGCCGGGCCCGCUGAUCAUGCCCGCGGCGCCAAACUCGAACGCGCAAGUCGCGGCCUUCACGGCGGCGCAGCUUGCUGUCGACCUCGACGGCGACUGCAUCGCCGACUUAGUCGUCGUCGCCUUGCCCGACGGCGCGGCGAGCAGGGUCGGUUUGGACAGCAGCGCGCCGCGCGGCUGUGAGACCGUGGCGUGCCGGUUGCUGGUCUGGGUGCAGAACGCGGCAAAGGUGGGGGCGCCGCGCUGGGCCGCGGCGCCCGACUACAAUUUCUCUCUCCCCGAGGGCGCGGGGCAACUCGCGUUUGCCGACCUCGACUCUGACGGCGCGGUCGACCUUCUCUUCCUGGCAAACAAGUCCUCCCCCCCUCCCUCCUCCUCCUCCUCCUCCUCCUCCUCCUCCUCCUCCUCCUCCUCCUCCUCCUCCUCCUCCUCCUCCUCCUCUCAGCUGGAGCUCCACGCGUGGUAUGCGGUCCUCGGCGAGCCGAAGCCGGACCCCCCGGCCCUCACGAGCAGCCGCCCGGCCGUCGGUCAGCAGUUCGACGCAGAGGCAGACUGCGCGACGCGCCCGCCGCAGCCAAAGUCGCUCUGCCAGCCGCGCGCGCUCGCGUUCUUCAAGCAGGCGUGGGCGCUCCCAGGCGGGUGGGCUCUGGCGAAUCCGCUCGGCGCGAGGCCGCCGACGCUGUCGGUGGCCGAUUUCGACCUCAACGGCUUCCCCGACGCGCUGCUGCCGCUAGUCGCGCCCGCCGACGCGAGCGCGUCGGACCUCUCGCCCUGCUCUGCGGGAGAGCCGCUGCGCUGCCUCGAGGCCGGCGGAGGCGACGAGGGCGCGCUGCGGCUGUACGAGGCGGAGACGGCCGUCUACCCGCCGCCGUCCGAGCUGCGCCUCUACCCGGUGCCGCGACACUGCCGGCUGCGCGCGUGGCGCAACUCCGGCGUGAGCGGGCAGUACUUUCUGAAGGCCACGACGACGGACGGCGCGUGCGCCUCCGACGCCUUCGCCGUCGUCCCCGGCGAGGAGGGGACAGUCACGCUUCCCGCCGCCGGAGAGAACGCCCGGGCCGGCUGGGGCGGCGGCGGCUGGGGCGGCGGCAGCGGCCUCAACUCGAGCGCGCUCGCCGCGGUGGAGGCGUCGGCCGUGGAGGCGAGCGGCGGCGUCGGCGCCGCAGGGCGGUGCGCCGCGCAGGUGGUCGACCGGCCGUUUGGCGUCUGGCUGCGCCAGCCGAGCUUGCACCAGCCGGCGGUGACGUACCAGUUUGCGACGUCGCUGCCGACCCGCUGGUCGCGCGUGAGCGUGUCGUCGAUCUGGUCGUGGAACCGCCAGAAGCAGUCGCGGGUGGGGGUGCAGCUGCCGCAGGGCGGGUACUCGCCGCUGGCCUCGCCCUUUCUGCUCGUCGGCCUCGGCCUCACAAACGACUACGUCGAGCAGCUAAUGGUCGGGAUGCCGGCGGGUCGGCUGCGGCGGUUCGAGCAGGCGGUGCUGCCAAACUCGCAGCUGACCGUCAUUCCCCACCCGCUCGACGCGCCGCACGGGUGGGAGAUGCAGCUGUACCUCGAGCCGCGCCAGCAGCUGGCGGUGGCGCUCGUGUGCAGCGCGCUGCUCCUGCUGCUCGGCGCCGUCAUCGCGGUGCUCGAGGUGGUCGAGCGGGUGCACGAUUUUCGUGAGAACAAGGCGCUGAGGCCGGCGCUCCCUCUCUAG